AGUUAGCCGUGCUAGGAAGCGGGCACUAUUUACGCCCUUCAAAAUCACUGAUCAGCACUCAGCAGCUGGCCAUUUUCUGUUUGCCGAAGCAAUUGCAGCCACCUUCAAGUUUUCGUGUCCUUCCUAUAAUCGGAAUCAGCUUCAAACCUGAACCGAAAUUCAGCUGCUUCGCCUGCUUCAGGUAGUGAAAGCUGUUAAGUUGGGAUGGUGACCAUGAUAGCUGUGAAUGUGGAGCCAGAUCGUCUUAGGGUCGGUUCUCGGGAAAGUAUUAACCGGACUGUUGAACAAGUACAGCAUCAGAAUUACACGAGCCAAUGUAGCAGACAAGAAGAGUUUGAGGAUAAUAGAAUCCCAAAUACCUCACAUGGUUCCCUAACUGGGUCUACUGUGUUGGAGCAGGGACAGUCUCCUGUGGACAAUGCUGGGGUUUCGUCUAGCACUAUCUUGCCUCCAGCACCUCUUUGUCGCCAGUUUUGGAAGGCUGGGAACUACAGUGAUGCGCAUGGCUCCAAAGUCAAUCUUCAGAGUGGGAAAACCUUCCUCCAUGUUCACCCCAUGUUUCUUCAUUCAAAUGCCACUUCGCAUAAGUGGGCAUUUGGUGCAAUUGCAGAAUUGCUUGACAAUGCCAUUGAUGAGAUCCAAAAUGGGGCAACUUUUGUCAAGGUAGAUAAAAUCUUGAAUCCAAGAGAUGGGGGUUCAGCAUUGUUAAUUCAAGUGGAAUCUGGUGUUGCAGAUGGUAAUGGCUUUAAAACCAGCAGCAUGAGGCUUGGAGCUGAUGUUGUUGUCUUCACCCGCCAUAUGCUGGAUAGGAUCGCGACUCAGAGCAUUGGUCUCCUGUCUUAUUCUUUUUUGAUGCAGAUGGGUCAUGACCGAAUAGUAGUGCCAAUGGUGGACUAUGAGUUUAAUGCAGAAAAUGGCAAGUUGGAAAUUUCACAACGGCAUACCAAUGAGUCUUUCAAGGCUAAUCUUUCGCUGCUUUUGCAAUGGUCUCCAUAUUCUACUGAAUCAGAGCUUUUGAAGUUGUUUGAUGAUAUUGGAUUGCAUGGGACAAAAGUUGUGAUCUAUAACCUGUGGAACAAUGAUGAUGGAAACUUGGAAUUGGACUUUAAUACAGAUCCACAGGACAUUCUUGUUGAAGGAGAUUGCAGAAAGAAAGAAUCACCUUCUGCUUGGAGGAUAGCAACUGAACAGCACAUUGCCAAGCGCUUACAAUACUCUCUCCAUGCAUAUAUGUCCAUCUUGUACCUGCGAAUUCCUGAAACUUUCAGUUUAAUAUUGCGAGGGCAAGUUGUUAUGGCCCAUAAUCUUGCUGAUGAUCUCAAAUUUCCAGAAUAUAUCUUGUAUAAACCUCAGGCUGGUGGACUAAGAGAGGUAUGCUAGCUUUUCUAUAUACUUUGCUCGUGUUCUCAAGUCUUAGCAUUGGCCACUCGAGCUCAUAGAUGCCCGUCCGGCCAUGUUAGAAAACCUUUAGGUUGCAGUUAAUAUCAAAGCAAUACCACAAGUAUCUGAUCAAAUAGUGGGUUGCACCUUGUCAUGUUGUAUCCCAUCUUUAAGUUUAGAUCUUUGUGGUUGUGUCAUAGUUUCCAUGAUUUUAAAUUGAGAUUGUCGUAUUUGCCCUAGUAUAUAUGUUUUGGUGUGGUGGAGUGGAGAGGCGUAGUAGGAGCUGCUCAUGGAAACUACUAGUAAGAACUAAGAAAGAAGUCUAAACUUCCAAUGGUGAAAUACUGUUAAUUGUUUAUAUCAUAUACCUUUCUCUAGUUCGAUGGAUGAGGUGGUUUCGUAACACAAAUGAGACUGUGAUGCAUGCCUGUUCUUGAUUAGCUCGAUUUUGCAUCUUGUUUCAUUUCUUAUCUGCUGAUGCUGCAACUACACUGCAAAGCAUAAACCCCCAUAUGUCUUAGGAGAUUGUUUUAUCUUAUUCACUUUCUAGGUUCACGUGAUAACUACGAUUGGAUUUGUAAAAGAUGCACCACUGGUCAAUAUCCACGGCUUCAAUAUUUAUCACAAGAACCGUCUAAUAAAGCCUUUUAUGCAAGUUUUGACUUAUACUAAUAAUAGGGGCAGAGGAGUGGUAGGUAUCUUAGAAGCGAAUUAUAUCCAGCCAACUCAUAGUAAACAAGACUUUGAGAGAACUUCCCUUUUCCAAAAGCUUGAAGUUCGAUUGAAAGAUAUGGCAUGUGAAUACUGGGAUUAUCAUUGCGGGCUAAUUGGAUACCACGUGGAAAGGAAGUCUGGAGCAAGGAGGUCUGCACCCGAUCCUCCUAUUAUUCCACAAACUUGCCAUGCUGAUUCUGCCAGGUCAAAUCAAACCUUCCCUUCUGUUGGUACAACACAGACAAGUUCUCCCGUAUUAGGCUUUAAAAGGAAGGAGCACAGCAAUUCAGCUCCACCUGAAACUGUCAGGAAGCUGCCAAGACAUGGAGAAGGUGUCAUAGAUAAUUCAGCAUCCAGUUCUGGCGGACAGAUCUCUCAGCAGCAAAAUACGGUUGCAGUUCUGAUGCAGGACAACAAAAAACUCCGAGCAGACUUAUCUGAAUACGAGAUACGGAAGGAAGAGCUGAAUCUGAAGGUGAUAAAGCUUACGAAGGAACUAGAAGGAGAAAAUGCUAAAUACGAUAGGCUAAUGGCAGAACUAACCUUGUUGGGUGACGUGAAGCUGGAGAAUCAGAGAGUAAAUAUCGUACCGUGAUGUGCCUAUCAGCACCUUUGAUUCUUUCAUUUUGUAGAAACCAUGGCAGUAGCAUCUUAAAGCUUGGAUGUACAUAGGUCGUUGGGCAGGGGCAGCCACGUUUGGGGUAAUGGAGCGGAUUAAUGAUGGGUUUAGGGAGGAGGAAUUGUGUAGUAAAUAGUAAUCCCUUUUGGAUCAGUCUCUUUUGUUUGUAAUGCCUUUAGCGAAAUGUUUGAACCAAGCUAAAAGUUAGGACUUCUCAUAUGUGAGACAGAUACAGCCGUACUUCUUUUUUUUUAAUAUAUUUUCAAAUUUUAAAGGACUGAAAAGGAAGGAAGUUUGACUGAUAGGU